AUGUCUUCCCUCAAUUUCACUCCAUCGGACCCAAACACCACCACCAGGGAGGUCUUCACCUCCAACAUCACGAGCGUCCCGGUUCCAUCCGAUGCCUCUUCCAAUUGGAGGUUCUUCGCCGAAACCUCCAAGUCCCUCCUCGACAAACUUGCCCAUCACAGUGCCAUGGCUCCCAACCUCCAACAGACUUACAUGACGCCUGCUGCGUCCAAGAAUAAGGUGUACUUCAUGUGGGACUUUGUCGGCAGGACUCUGGGCUACCUGUAUAUGCUCCCAGUAACGGCCACCAACAUGGGUGAUGUCGAGAGCAGGUCAAUGAUGGCAGCCAUGUUGAUUCUUGAUGAGCAGCCCGGCAUGCUCGACCAGAUGGUCGGUGCGACUUAUGCUCAGACGCAGACCUUUGAAUUCGGCGAGGAUAUCCUUGCCGAUGCGAGGAGGCUGAAAAAUGGCCCCUGA